CGGUAAACUAACUUAUUGCGUCUAAAAAAAUUAGCUUAUACUAUUAACUCAUUCGUAUGAACAAUUAUAGUCUAAAAUUAAUUCGGGGUUAACUCAUUCGUAUGAAUAAUUAUAUUUAAGGAGUAGAUAAAAACAAUAACCUUCUUUAAAAAAAUUUUUAAAAAAUGUCUCUUCCUCUUCGUGAACUUGGCAAAACUGGUGUAAAAAUCCCUGCAAUUGGAUUGGGGUGUAUGGGAAUGAGUGAUUUUUAUGGUUCAGCUGAUGAACAAGAAAGUAUCACCGUUUUGAAUCGAUCCAUUGAAUUAGGAUUUAACCUUUGGGAUACAGCUGAUAUUUAUGGUAGUGGAGCCAAUGAAAUUCUCCUUUCUAAAGUUCUUAAAGACAAACGUGAUAAAGUAUUUCUCUGUACAAAGUUUGGUGUACUUCGAGAUUCCAAUGGCGCAUUUACAGGCGUAUCAGGUUCGCCUGAAUAUGUUCGCCAAGCUUGUGAAAAAUCUUUAAAAAAUUUGGGAGUAGAUUAUAUCGAUCUUUAUUAUCAACAUCGUAUGGAUCCUAAUACACCUAUUGAAGAUACUGUUAGUGCUUUAGUUGAACUUGUUAAUGAAGGAAAAGUUAAAUAUAUUGGUCUUUCUGAAUGUUCUGCAGAGACUCUUCGACGUGCUCAUAAGAUUCAUCCUAUUUCCGCAGUUCAAAUUGAAUAUAGUCCUUGGACUCUUGAUAUUGAAACGAAUGGAAUUGUGGAUACUUGUCGUGAAUUAGGUAUCACUAUAGUAGCAUAUAGUCCACUCGGACGCGGAUUUCUAACAGGAAAAUAUAAAUCUCUGGACGAUUUUGAACCGAAUGAUUUUAGAAGAAUGCUUCCACGUUUUCAGGGUGAAAAUUUCGAUAAAAAUUUAGAAAUUGUGCAUAAAUUUCAUGAAUUUGCGAAUAAGAAAGGCGUAACUCCAAGUCAACUUUGCUUAGCUUGGGUUAUAUCUCAGGGGAAUAAUGUUAUCGCUAUUCCUGGAGCAAGAAAAUUGAAAUAUUUGGAAGAAAAUCAUGGGACAGCUAAAGUAAAUCUUACUCCUGAAGAAUUAUUAGAAAUCAGGCAAAUUAUCAAUUCUAUUGGCAUCGUCGGUACUAGAUAUAAUGCUCAUGCGAUGGAGGAAUUGAAUAAAUAAAUCCUUGCUUCUUCCCAUAAUGCAACUCAUCCGUAGCGAUUAGUUAUUAUGAUAAUGUAAAUUCAAUAACGGAAAAUAAUAAAUAAAUAAAUAUAUUAUCUUGAUUACGUUUAAUUGAAUGAUAAAUCUAAAUAAAGUUCUUGUUUGUGUCCUUGU